CCCUUGUCAAAGAAUUGAGAGUCCGAUUUCCCGCAGCUGGACAUGGCACCGACCACUGCCCGCGGUUCCAACCUAUCGCAACGACCAGUUCACGUAGACAUCAGCAUGCAGCCGACUCCAAGCGGGGAGGAAUGGUGGAUUGGCGACCUCACUACCACUUUUCGCGAGAAGAGGAGGAUCGUGGUGAUCGCUGGCGCCGACAUCUCUACCGCUGCAGAAGUAUGAGGAUUGAAUACGCGUCUUUUCGUUGCAUGCGUCUGUCAUUCCGCUUGACCGUGAUGAUAUUGGAGAAAGGGAUACGGGCCCUGUUGGGGAGGCUCUUUCCCUGCCUUUCUUUAAACUUUUCUCUGGGUGCAUGUUCUCUUUGGAAUUGCCAGAAGUCGAAAGAUUCGAACCUAAAAUGCAGGCGAGGAUGAGACGCUUAUGAGAAAUUAUAUCAUUGCAUUGAUUGGAGAGCGACGUUCUGCGCCGUCCAAUCGUCGAAGUCUCGUAUUUCGGUGUAUCUGAAAACAGUA